AUGAGGGGUAUCGAAGAUUCCAGACAGAGAUGGAAUACCCUGUUUCACCACCGCGAUACACCUUCAGACCUUCGAGAUGCGCUCAAGUCGGAACAAGAAGAUGAUAUAUGCAAUGAUGGGCUGAGGUCAAUAUGCUGGAAGGCGUUUCUGCUUUUCGAAGACUCUAGUCGUACACAAUGGCCAAGCAAAAUCUCAGAGGCGCGUGGCGCCUACAUCGCAUUGAAAGAGCACUUUCUCAAGUAUAUCGAACAUCCGGAUGAUCUGCAGUCGAGUAUCGAUCCGCUUGCGGACGAUGAACAAGUACGCGAUAUCAGAUAUACGGUGGAAUCUACUAAUGCCGUCAUAGUCUCCAUGGCAAACGUUGCGAGAAGAUGA